CGGGGCGAGAAUCCGAACCUCCCCACCGGCUAUCUUGGCACGUCCGGUUGCGGCACGGGCUGUACGCCUGGCUGCGCUACCGGCUGCACGUCUGGCUGCACGUCUGGCUCUUCUUCGGCCGGCAGGUUGUCGCACGUUGGCGUACCCUUUGGCAGCGUUCCAUUCUCUUGUCAGGCAACUGGCAUACCACCGAGCCAUCAUCAUCCGGAGCAUCAGCAGCAUCAUCAUCCCCAUCAUCCGCGUUUGGGCCAUGUAGCCGCGGCAGCCAGUGCUGCCGCCGCUGCAGCUGCCUCUAUGGGGAUGGAAUCCUCCGAUUUGGUUGCGGUGGCUCAUUACCAGGCCCAACAACUUCAGCGACAAUUGUUGGCCGAGCAGUCGGCUCCGGGCACGAUGCUGCCACCGUCUGCUCAGUCUACUGGUGGAGGCUUGACGCAGCCGCUACAACAGGGACAGCAAACUCAACAAUCCCAGAGCCAGGACCCGCUGCAGAGCUUGGUGCAGCAGUUGCUCUGUCUGCAGCAGAUCGAGUAUUUCCUCGCACAGCGCGGUCACAAGUGAUAUACGCCUGCAUACAUAUAUACAUAUAUGCGCGUUUAAUAUAUAUAUGUAUGUAUGUGUUUAUACGUUAAGCGUUUAUCUGCGGUGUCUCUUCUACUCCUCCUCCUUCUCCAUCGUCGUCGUCGUUGUUCGACUCUCGCACGCGUUAGCUCGUCUCGAUAAUGACGAGAGAACUUUUAUGCGCGUCCGGCGAGAAAAAUCUGUAUGAUUGUUUGUAGCAUGUGUGAUGAUGAUGAUGAUUAUAAUUAUGAUUAUGAUUAUGAUUAUGAUUAUGAUUAUGAUGAUGAUGAUGAUGAUGAUGAUGAUGAUGAUGAUGAUGAUGAUGAUGAUGAUAAUGAUGAUGAUGAUAAUGAUGAUGAUCAUGAUAAUGAUAAUGAUGAUGAUUAUGAUGUUGUUGAUGAUAAUGAUAGUGAUAAUGAUGAUAAUGAUAAUGAUGAUUAUGAUGAUGAUGAUGAUGAUUUGUACGUGAGUGAGAAAGACGGAGAGAGUAAGGCUCCGCGCGUCGACAAAACCGCAGAUAUUCAUCCGAAUCUUCUCUUUCUUCGAUCGUGAACCGCGUCUCUUCUCUUACUGCGGCAGCCAACGAUGCUCCUGUUCAUUCGAAUAUCUUUUUCUCUCUCCUUGUAUUUUGAUUUCGAAGGAAAAAAAAACAAAGUAAAAAUAAAAAAACUUAUUUCCAUUCCUCGAUCGGCGGGGAGGUAACACACGGUGUUCUCGAUGAUCCGCGACCUAAGGAAAUCCAAGAGAAAAAGAAAGAUAAAGAAGGAACCUGGUGUGCCAGAAAGAAAGAUGGCUACCUUUUUUCAACGCGGAUCGAUGUGCGACGUUCUUUGGGACACCGUGCAAGCGCGUGUGUGUUGCUAGUUAAACGUUGAACGAGCCUCGCAAUUUUUCUCGCGAGAGACUCGUCGAUUUAGCGUGUGAUAAAAUAAAGAAAAAAAAAACAAAAACAAUAACUAUAACGUUGUUAUGUGAACACGAAGAAGAAAAAGAAGAGAAAAAAAGAAGUGGAAGAAAAGGAACGAAGAAGAUGAUGUCGAAUAAAAAUGAGCUAAGAAGAUUGGGAAAACGUGUGUGUGUGUGUGUUUUUGCGCGCGCAUGUGUGCAUGGUGGGUAUGUGUGGGUGUGUUGUUAUUCUUUUUUUUCUCUUUUUUUUUCUUUUUUUUCUAUUGAGAGGAGGGGAGAUGGGGUUAAACUGGGCGGGGUCUGAGCAAAGUCCUGAUGGAAGAUAAAGAAAAAGAUAUGUAGAAUGGAAAAUUGGGGAAAAUAUGAAAAAGUGAAUAUAUAUAUAAUACAAAACGCGCCACGCGCGACAGAGACGAUAAGGCCGCUCUGAUCGCGAGCUGUGAAUGAAUCUCUAUCCGUCAACAGUAUUGAUAUAAUUAAAAAUAGAGUAAAUGAAUAUAAAAAAAAACGUUAUUGUAAGAGAUAAAAAUAUAGCGUAAGUACGUAACUGUGCAAGCGUAUGCGAGUUUACGAGAACGAGCGUGCGCGCGAGAGAGAAAGAAAGAGAGAGAGAGAGAGAGAGAGAGAGAGAGAGAGAGAAAGGAAAGAAUUGAUUGAUUGAUUGAUUGAUUGAUUGAUUGAUUGAUUGAUUGAUUGAUUGAAUUUUGUGUGAUUCUUUUGACAAAUGUUUGUGCGAGUGUGGAUAAUGUUUAGAAAAAAAAGGAAAGAGAGCGACAGAGAAAGAGCGACAGAGAAAGAGAGACAGAGACAGAGAGAGAGAGAGAGAGAGAGAGAGAGAGAGAGAGCGAGAGAGAGAGAGAGGGAGAAAAUCAUUGUCGACUGAAGAAAUUUUUUAAGCGUGGAGCCCGGUCGAUCACAAACGCACAGACCCUAACUGUCCCGUGGGCUCUUUGUAGAGUUUUAUUCUUUAUUUUAUCAUCGUUAUUUAAUUAAUCGUGCGCGCGCGAGAGACAGAAAGGGAAAAAAAUUAUGAGAAAAGAAAAGAGAGACGGUGCGCGCGUGUAUGUGUGUAUGUGUGGUGUUUCUUCUGUACGAACGAAAAAGUAAGAGAGAAACAGAAACAGAUAGCAUUUUAUAUGCUAAAAAUUAAGAGAGAAACCUCCAUCCAAAGGUUCAUCCGAUAUUAAGAUGUAACAUAAUUGUAAAGUUUAUAGACUUUUUUCUUUUUUUCUUUGUUUGAUAAGAAUGAUAUUGAACAAUCAAUAUCGAGAAAAAAGAGCUACGAAAGAACCUUCAGUUUUCAUAAAAUCUGUUAUGAAAAUCGUA